UUGAGGCCACGGCCUGCAACCAGACACCCGAAACUCUUUAAUAAGCCCACUAUCCUCCGUCGUCUCCACCAGCAGUCCGAGCGAAAGGGCAAUGUCAUCUCGAGCUAUACUCCUCGCCUUCCUGCUCUCCGCCCUCCUCUUACACGGCUUCGCCACUUCCGCUACCAAAGGCACCGCCGACGACGCUGAUGAGGACAUCAGCUUCCUCUUAGAGGGCGACGACGAGGACGCCGCCCGCGGAUUCCCUAGCCACGACCAUGCCUUGCAGGGCGAGGACGACCACGACGACUUCGACGAAGACGAGCAAGAUCAAGGCGACUUUUCCGACUUGGAUGAAGGAUCUUACGAGGCGCCCCCGGCGUUAGAUGAGAAGGAUGUGGUUGUGCUCACGGAGGGUAACUUCAGUGAAUUCAUAGAGAAGAACAGGCAUGUCAUGGUGGAAUUCUAUGCGCCGUGGUGCGGGCAUUGUCGGGCCCUAGCGCCCGAGUACGCUGCGGCGGCGACGGCGCUUAAAGCGGAGGACGUUGUGCUUGCCAAGAUUGACGCCACGGAGGAGAACGAGCUCGCGCAGAAGUACGAUGUGCAGGGAUUCCCUACCGUUUACUUCUUCGUCGAUGGAGAUCACAAGCCCUACCCGGGGCAGAGAGCCAAGGAUGCUAUUGUUACCUGGAUUAAGAAGAGGAUUGGGCCUGCUGUUCAGAAUAUAACAACAACUGAGGAGGCUGAGAAAAUACUUGCUUCUGAAACUAAACUCGUCUUGGGCUUUUUUGACUCUUUAGUGGGUGCUGAUAGUUUGGAGUUAGCUGCUGCAUCCAAACUUGAAGAUGAUGUGAACUUCUAUCAGACUGUCAGUCCUGAUGUUGCAGCACUUUUCCACAUUGACCCCAAAGCCAAGCGACCAUCUUUAGUUUUGCUGAAGAAGGAAGCUGAAAAGUUGACUUAUUUUGAUGGCCAGUUCACUAAAUCGGCCAUAGGUGAUUUCAUAUUUGCCAAUAAGCUUCCUCUGGUGACCACUUUUACUAGAGAAACUGCUCCUCUUAUCUUUGAGAGUCAAAUUAAAAAGCAGCUUUUGCUCUUUGCACAAUCAAAAGAUUCUGAGAAGAUUUUAUCGGUCUUCCAAGAAGCUGCAAAAUUGUUUAAGGGAAAGCUUAUCUUUGUGCACGUGGAGAUGGAUAAUGAGGAUGUAGGCAAACCAGUUUCAGAUUACUUUGGAGUGACUGGAGAUGGCCCAAAAUUGUUGGCUUACUCAGGAAAUGAGGAUGGUAGAAAGUAUAUACUUGAUGGAGAAGUUACGCAUGAAAAUAUUAAGGCUUUUGGAGAAGAUUACUUAGAGGAUAAGCUCAAGCCAUUCUACAAAUCGGACCAGAUACCUCAAACUAAUGAUGGCGAUGUGAAAAUAGUGGUAGGAAAUAAUUUCGAUGAAAUAGUUCUGGAUGAGUCAAAGGAUGUUCUUCUCGAGAUCUAUGCACCAUGGUGUGGCCAUUGCCAAGCUUUAGAACCAACGUACAACAAACUUGCCAAGCAUCUACGUGGUAUCGAGUCUCUUGUUAUAGCAAAAAUGGAUGGGACCACAAAUGAGCACCCUCGGGCCAAGUCUGAUGGUUUCCCAACCCUUCUCUUCUUCCCAGCUGGAAACAAGAGCUUUGAUCCGAUCACUGUGGACACAGAACGCACAGUUGUAGCAUUUUAUAAAUUCUUGAAGAAAAAUGCUUCAAUUCCUUUUAAGCUCCAGAAACCAGCUGCAGCAACGAAAACAGAGGCUGUUUCUGAGCCUAAGCAAGAGGGCCAAGCCAAGACCGACCUGAAAGAUGAGUUAUAGUUCUAUUAUAGUCUAUUUAUGAGCAUUCCUAUAAACUUAUUUCAUGUUAGGAAGAUGAUUAAAGUUCUUGAAAGAGUAUUAUGCAUUUGGCUUUAUCAGCGUAGGAUUUUACUUCUAAUUUUUGUAGUGCUGUGUCAGAGAGAGUAAAAGAGGGAAAAACAUUGACAGUAGACUGAAUUGCAGAGGAAUCACUCAAUAAAGCUCAUCUUAUCAUUUUCUUUC